UGCCUCAUCAUUGGUAUUAAGCAGAGAAAUAGUACCCCAUCAUCCAUAUUAGGUGGAGUAACAGUGCCUCAUCAUUGGCGUAGUGGUAGGAGUGGUGUCUUAUUAAUGUCAGUCAGAGGAAUAAUGCCCCAUUAUUGGGGUCAGUGGGAAGAACAGUGCCCCAGCAUUGGGGUCAGUGGAACAGUGCCCCAUCAUUGGGGGCACUGGGAGGAACAGUGCCCCAUCGUUUGUGUCAUUCGGAGGAACAGUGCCCCAUCAUUGGGGUCAGUGGGAGGAAUAGUGCCCCAUCAUUGGGGGCACUGGGAGGAACAGUGCCCCAUCCUUUGUGUCAUUCAGAGGAACAGUGCCCCAUCACUGGGGUCAGUGGGA